GUUUAAUGUCAGAGAUGCUAGUACCUUAUCGCUGUUGCUUGUGUACAGUAUAGACUUUAACAUCCAUUCCACAGUGGAUUUCAGGAAAGGGCAGAGUGUGUUAAUAUUAAAGUGAUUAACGGGACUGAGUGUUAACACCCAGUAACCCACGUGCAGGCAGUAUGGGCCUGCCAAAACUGUUUAUGGGUCUAGCAGCUGUUGGGGCAGGUGCUUCCAUCAUCUGCAACCUGGCAGCCACCAUGGUUACCAAACCCCAAGCAGCCUCUCUGCAGUAUCUGGCAGAAAGCAAACUACAAUCAUUGGAUGAACAGAAACGUAACUUUAGUGCAAGUGAACUCUGGAGUAAUCGUGGGGCAGUUAUAAUGGCUGUCCGAAGGCCUGGAUGAUCUUUGUGUAGGGCGGAAGCUGAGGGCCUGUCGUCUCUCCUACCGGAGAUGGAGGCCCGCGGUGUCCGCCUGCAUGCUGUGGUCCAUGAGGCAUUCGGUGCAGACGACUUCAAACCCUUCAUCAAGGGAGAUGUCUAUCUGGACCUUGAGCGCCGAUUUUAUGGUCCACACGAGCGAUGGAUGAACAUUCCUGGAAUUUUUAACUACGAGUCACUGUGGCAAGUGUUCAGUAUCUGGCAAAAAGGCGUCCCAGGCAAUUUGAAAGGAGAGGGUCGACUGCUUGGAGCCGUGUUUGUGGUGGGGCCAGGAGAUCAGGGUGUCUUAUUCCAGCAUAAUGAAAUGAAGAUAGGAGACAUUGCAAACCUUGACAUGGUCAGAGAGGCCAUCCAGAGGUCAAAUUUACCCAAGUCAUAGUGAAGACAAUGUUAUUUUGUUUCAUGGUUGUUUGUAUUUAUUGUUAUUCCCUUACCUUAACCGGGACAAAGUUUUAUCUUCAAAGUUUUAAAAAAUAUUGAUACAUUCAAUUCAGGCAAUAAUAUUUUUGACAUGAAUGUAUAGUUAUUGGAAUAUAUUUCUGUUAAACCUUUUACGGUAAUAUUAGGAAGUAAAUACAUGCCUAUUUAUGAUCAGUAUAGUAGUAGUAAAUACUAUCCAUAAGGUUUCUCCAAAGAACAGCGUGUUGUUUUUGUUGCAGGCCAAGGGAAGUCCUUUUAAAUAAAUAAUUAGUGUGUAUUUCCACCUGGAUAGUUUAGUUUAAAUUGUAAUCCAUGGAAAUAAAUCUUGUAAAUGUUUACACUGGACCAUGAACAUUGCCCAUUGAGCAGAUCCAUGUAGAAUAACUACCAUGGCAAUAUCAAGUUGGGACAAUAUAUAAUUGCUACCAUGGUACAAGCAGAACAAUAUACUAUUAUUACCAUGAUGAUAUUGAGCUGAACCUUGUAUAAUUCCUACCAUGGUAAUAUCCAGCAGAGCAAUUUAGAAUUGCUACCAUGGUUAAGUUUAGCAGACACUGCCAUGUAAAUUAAUGCCAUUUUUUAUGAACUGGGAUUUAAGUAUUAAAAUCCUUUUAAGAUGACUUACAUUGUUGCUUCACCUUUUUCAAAUACGUCUUUUGGCUCAGGUUUUGUUUAUCAAUAUUAUGGUUAUGAAUUAAUGCCAAUUAUAUUUUUAUGUGAAAUCGUAUUAAAGUAUGGUAUGAAAAUCACGUUGUGUUUUUGAAGUGCUUGAAUUUAAUAUUGUAUGAAAAAAUUGUAUGUAUAGUUUGUAUACCAUUACACAUGUAAUAAGGUCCGUGGUAUAGACUAUUUCUGCUGAGUUUAUGAAAUUCAUGAACAAAAUAUUAUGUUUGUGAAUAGAUGUUACUUCAGUUCGGAGGUAGUCUUUAACACAUUGCGACUCUUAAGUAGUAAGAUUAAAUGUUAUAUAGCAUGUUUUUGAUAAUAAAAUUGUAAAUUGUU